AUGGCAGAAGUAGGCAUUGGAGCAAAUGGCAGAACCUGUGCUUGCCAAAGGAGGAAGGUGGUUUGGGAUUCACAUCACUUUUUGAUGUCUCAAGAGCAUUAUUUUUCCAGACUUUGGUGGAACUUCAGGACAACAAAAACUCUUUGGGCCAACUUCAUGUGGAAUAAGUACUGCAAAAAGGAACUCCCCACUACUGUCCAAUUUAGGGAAGGCUCACAUGUUUGGAGGAAAAUGUUGGAGGCAAGGGAAGAAAUAGAACAUGAAAUACUAUGGGAAUUGAACAGAGGCACCACCAACAUUUGGCAUGAAAACUGGACCGGUCUAGGUGCUUUGUAUCAUGCUGUGCCAUCAGACUUUGACACCAAUGAAAACCUUCAGGAGGUAAUUGAGCUAAGAGAAGGGUAUGACUGGAAUUAUCAGAUGCUGGAGAAUAACUUUCCAGCAGAGAUUGCAGCAUACAUCAGUCAGGAGCUUCAUUUUGAAAAUACAUAUGAAGGUUGUGACACUCCUAAAUGGAUGCCUACUGCUUCAGGGAGGUUCUCAGUAACUACUGCUUGGCAAUUAAUGAGGCACAGAGCACAUCCAAAACAUGAAUAUAAACUACUGCGGACUAAAGGUCUACCCUUCAAAAUUUCUUUCUUUCUUUGGCGACUAUGGAAAGGAAAAGUUCCAACAUAUGACAUGUGGAGAAAGAAUGGCUACAUGGUGGUAUCAAAAUGUUGGUGUUGUCUUCAACCUGAGGCAGACUCUAUUCAACAUCUUUUCUUAACAAGUUCUACAGCAAACAGAGUGUGGAGAUUUUUUGGACAGGCAGCAGGUAGCUCCAACAGUGAUAACCUGGGAGCUUUGGAAGAGAAGAAACACAAUGAAGCAUGA